UUAACCAGCAAAAAGUUGGAUUGGAGGUUUAAUUCAAGUGGUAGGACAUUAGCCUAGAGUGAAAAGGGUGAGAGUUCAAAGCCCUGAGUUCAAGCCUCAGUAUGCACAUAUGCACACACACUACAAUGAAUGAGGCCUAGUGCUGAACAGCAUAUGUUUCAUGUGAAAUUUAAUAUAUAACUUAAACCAGCAAGAAUCUGUAUGAACACCACACACCCAAUUGUCAGAGUACCCUCGUGUUUAUUUAGCUAAAUGUCUAUAUGCUUAGCUCCACUGAGGGACCUGAGCAGUUAGCCAACUGGGAUCAUAUUUAACAGAUGGGAGCUGGUGGCAGAACUUUUUUUUCUGUAAAAGAAGCAAUUCUCAAUGAUGUGCAUGUCCUAGACAUUUGAAAGUGGUGUUGACUGGGCCCUAAGCCAUGGGGCAGAAAGCAUCUCUCCCACUGGCCUUGAAUGGCAGCGUUUGUGAGGGAUCCAGUGAGGCCAUUGUCCACGUAGCUCAGAAACUGAAGGAAUACCUGGGCAUCAAGUAUCCACUGUGCAGCCUGUGCCCUGCUCGGAGUACGCUCAAUGAGAUCUUCUUACUCUCCUUCAUUACCUUCUGCCAAGAAAAGGGGCUUGGAGAAUGGGUCACCACCACCAAAAUGACCAAGCACCAAGCCUUCCUGUUCAGAGCAGACUGGAUUUGGACCUUUUGGGGACCUGAUAAGCAAAUAAAGCUUCAGAUCGCAGUACAGACUCUACAGAUUGGAUCUUUUCCUCCCAAAGGACCAAAGCCUUGUGAUUCCUCCAGUCCAGAGGCCUCCGUACAAGAGUCUUGGAAGAAAAGUAGGUUUGACAAACUGGAAGAGUUUUGUGAUCUGAUUAGAAAGGAUUAUCUGGGCCUGUUCAUCCUAUUUGGUAUGUCAGGAAAACCCAAAGACAUCCAGGCAGUGGUCCGGGACAGUGUCAGGAACUGGACAGUGAGGAACCAACUGCCAAGGUGGAAGGCUGUAGAACAUUUUGUCCUAGAAACCAAAGACUGUGUCUCUAUCAAAGAGCUUCUUAGAAGCUGCAUAAGUAAGAAAGAUGGGCUGAGAAGGGUGGGCAAAGUAUACUUUAGCAUCCUCUGAACUGGAUAUGUGUGUUGGAUGUGGCUGGCUUUUAUUUAAAGGGAGGAAAAGCUUUUUUUCUUUUAAGGAAACAAACUCAUCUGUUAAAUGAAUCCAGCAUGGAAUUUCUUUUCAUCCUCAAGUGACAUACCUGAGUCAAGACAUGCUCAUGUCACAAUGAUGGAGAGAAAAAUAAAAUCUGGUUAAUUGAAUUUUAGGGGGAAAAGUUGAAGUUUCAUGCAUUUGUUCAAUAGUAAGAAUGGGAGAGAGAAUAAUAAAGUUGGAUUUGCCACACAAAAAGUAUAUUUGUUAGAAAUGGUCUAACAGACUAAAA